UCUAUCCCCACCCCAAACAAGAAAAAAGAAAAAAAGUUUGCCUUAGUUGCAACUUGCAUGGUUAGCUGAUCAUUAAUCACUGUGAAAACAGAUAGCAGAGACGAGCGAGAUGAGGACGCGGCAGUGGAGUGUUGUGACGGCGGUGGUUCUUGCGGCGGCGGCGGCGGUUGUGGGAGGACAAGAACAUCAUCAUGUGGUGGGAGGGGACAGAGGAUGGGAAGUGUCAAAUGAUAUUGCUUCCUGGUCCGCCGCCAGAAUUUUCAGUGUUGGUGACACUAUCUGGUUCACAUACUCGGCCGCAGAAGAGAGUAUCGCGGAGCUAGGAAGUAGGGAAGAAUACAUGUCCUGCGAUCUCUCCAACCCCAUCACAAUGUACACCAACGGCAUAGACAAAAUCCCCCUCCACCGAGAGGGAGUUCGCUACUUCGUCAGUGGAAACCUACACAGCUGCAUAAAUGGCCUCAAAGUACCCAUCACUGUCCAAUCUCAAGCCAAAACCCGCCCAUUGCUCCUCCCACUCCAGGCAGAUGCACCCACUGCACCUUCUGCUUCCACACGCCUCACUACUGGACUACUACGCACCCUUUUGCUGCUAUUUCCGAUCCUCUUUUACCUUUAGCUAUAUAUGUUUCUCUAAUCACAGCUGCUAUAUAUACAGCUCUAUGCAUAAUAUAUUUUUCAGCAUCGAUCUGUUAUGUAUCCAAUUAUUCCCGCAACUUGUGAUUUAUAUUUUACUCAUUAUUCCAUUUCAAUCAUAUGAAGUAAUAUUAUCUUAA